AUGUCCCCCUCCUCCUGGUCCCUCCUCUCUCCUUCUCAUUCCAAACCACACACCUACCACGCCCACCGCCGCCAGUCCUUCAUAGCGACCGACAUCCCAGAACAAGUCGAGAUCCGUGCCCGGCUGCGUACCUUCGAGGGCUCAUAUUCACGCACCGCACUCGCCUGCUUGGGGUAUAGCGUGCUCGUGCUAAAGCUGUUUGAUAUCCGAUUUUACAGGAUCGGACUGCUCUACGUGAUCCUCUCCCUCCUGCUCUUGCUUGUCCAGUUCCAGAGACGCAGGAAUGCGCGACACGACUUUGCAGACCAGUACUCCCGUGCACGUCUAACCGACCCCGGACCCCAAGGAAAAGACCGAAUCUGGGGGCGCGAAUUCCGCACAGCGGGGUGGAGCGUACUCCUCGUCACGCUCAUCGUAGGCAUUGUAGAAGUGGCCCUGUUUGGCCUAGUAUGCGCUUUGUAACCCUGGUGCUUUGUGCUGCCUUUCCUGUGCGGGCAUUUCCCGUGUUGUUGGGCUUGGAGAGCGAAGAGGGGUGUUGGGAGUUGGCGUUAGGAUGGGAGUUGAGCGAGAACAUGGGUGUACGCUGUCUGUCGAGAGACGACACUUUCCUGUCGAAUUUGACUGUA